AUGAUCUAUGAUGUAAACAGUGCAGAUGAAGGAUUGUAUUACUGUAAUGUCAGUAAUAAAUAUGGAAUCAACAGAGCAACGAACCGUCUUCAAGUUUUCAAGCCAACAUACUUCGUUCGAAUUCCAACUCCGAAACGAUUGAUUUUGGAAGCUGGGGAAACAGCAGAAGUGUUCUGUGAAGCCGUUGCAGAUUCACGACUUCCGAUUAAAUAUCAAUGGACAAUUAAUGGAAAAGUGUUGACUGAAUCACAGUAUUACGAAAUUCUCCCUGAUCGUCUUCGCUUCCGUUCAGUCAGAGGUCGUCAUUCGGGAAUAAUUGAUUGUGCUGCUAUCACAGAUGUAGAUGUAAAAUUGGCAUCAAUGCAGUUGAUUGUGAAAGAUGUUCCCGCUCAUCCAGUUGUUGAAACUGCUCAUUGUUCUGAGAGAAAGGCAACAAUCAAAUGGGUUGCAGCAUCAGAUCAUGGAGAUUCUAUCAAGAAGUAUAUUGUGGAAAUGUUCACAGAUUUCAAAAAGAAUGAAUGGGAAACAAUAAAUGAGGAAGUGAAUGUAAACAAGGAAAAUUUCGAAGUUGAUAUCACCUUAACUCCAUGGGUCAACUAUACAUUCCGUGUAGUUGCAGUCAAUUCGCAUGGUAGAUCAGAUAUGAAAAUAGAUGGACAACCGAAAGAAGAUUGGCUAACUUGUCAAACACGUCCAUCAUUCCCAUACACAAAUCCAACAGGAGUGAAAGGAGAAGGAACAGAACCGGAUAAUCUUGUUAUUUCAUGGAAACCAUUGGAUAGAUAUUACUGGAAUGCACCGAAUAUGCAAUAUUUAGUUAGAUAUAAACUAGAUGAACCGAUUCACGGAUGGACUGAAUUCUUGGUUGAAGACUCUUUAGCGAACUUUACUAUCAUCAGAGAUCAACCAACUUUCCGGAAGUAUCUGAUCCAAGUUCAAUCUGUGAAUUCAGUUGGUCCGAGUAUAGUAGAACCAGAGAUUCAUUAUGGAUGGUCCGGAGAAGAUGUACCUGAUGAAGCUCCACACGACUUUCGAAUUGAUACUCAAAUCAACUUCACAACCAUCAAUUUCACAUGGAACCCAGUUCAUGAGAAUACAGUGAACGGUCAUUUUGUUGGAUAUGAGAUUGAAUACUGGAAAGCGGAAAAUACAAUCAGAAAAUAUUCAAUCAAAAUUCCAGCUAACUCGACAUACAAGAUAAUAAACUCCUUCCACGCAGUUACAAACUACAGUGCUCACAUUCGAACCCGGAACAAAAGACUUCGAAGUGCUCCAAGCCAUCCAGUUUCAUUCGCAAUGCCUGAAGGACCACCUGGAAAAGUGCAUAAUCUUCGUGUGUAUUCUGUCGGAUCGACUGCAAUUCUCCUUCAAUGGGAUGCUCCCUUACAACCAAAUGGAAGAAUUCGAGGAUAUUUCAUUUCUUUCCAGAAUGAUAAGAAUGAAACCGAGGAAACAUACGUCAUUCAUCGACAAAAAUACUACCUGCAUGAGAAAAGUGAACCAGAUACUGGAUAUAAAGUAUCUGUAUGGGCAGAGACAAGAGCUGGAGAAGGUCCGACGACGUUGAGACCAGUGAGAACGUGGCCAGCGAGAAUUCCGGAUGCUCCAAUUUUCCGAGUCAAAAACAUUUCAUUAGACUCAUUUGUCGUCGAAUGGCUUCCAAAUAAUCACAGUGUCUGGAAAAUGCCGGGAGCUGCAUUCUUUGUUAAUUACACUGCUGAAAGUUCGAAUACGUGGCAUCAAACUGAAAUUAUCUAUCUUCCAAACACUGAAAUUCUCCUCAGAAAUUUGAAAGAAGACCAAAAGUAUUUCAUCCAAGGAAUUGCAAAAGACGGUCCCCGUCAAAGUGAAUCCGUAUUCCUUCCCAUAAAAACUUUGAAUCGAGAUUAUGCAAAUCGUUUAAAAGAAGAUUCCCUUCGAAGUGCCGCUUGGUUUAUUGCAGUUUUGGGAGUUCUUGGAAUUGGUUUAUUCACAAUUUGUCUCACUUUUUGCUGUGGAAAUAAGAAUCGACAAGAGAAAUUUGCAGUUCGGAGAAAGGAAAUCGAAAUUGGACAUCAACAAGAUAAUGAAGAAGAAAAGCAGUUUCUCGAGUAUCAGUACGGGUUUAAAAAUUAA